AUGGGACGGCUGUCUGCGCGCGGCAGGGUCGUGCGCUCGCCGCAGCAUUCCUCGACGAACUCGGCGGCUGCUGCGACAACCGGCGCAGCUAGUGCGAAAACCGCCACUGGAGUCGCCGUGAAGUCUCCCGCAGCGGCCGGAGGGUGUUCGGCGUCGUCGAUCGCAGGCUACACGUCGUCCGUCGCACUCUCUGGAUCCGAUCUCGUGCUCCACUGGGCCCAAGGCGCGGGCGGCGGCAGUCUUUCCCUCGCCAUGGAGGUUGGCGGCGCGGCGGCCGGUGGAUGGGUGGCGGUGGCGUGGUCGCCGGACGGCAGCAUGCCUGGCUCCGACGCCGUGAUUGGCGGGCUUCCGGGCGGCGCGGUGAAGGCGUACGCCAUAAGCGGGUACAGCGAGGCGGACGUGAGCCCCACCAGCCGAUUCUCCAUCGGCUCCGCCUCCUCCGCCAAUGGCGGCGCGCUCAUCAAGUAG